AUGCAAGCAAAGCAAACCGGUCUCUUCAAUCUUCCCGGCGCAAAUAGAACUCAAAUUCCUCCAAUUCUUGGUAUCGCUGGUUUACCCGCGCCCAUGCCAGUUCAGAGCUUCGGUAUGGGAAUAGGCGGCAACCCCAACUUGUCGCGUCAAUCACGCCGUCUCUAUAUUGGCAGCAUAACUCCUGAAGUCACUGAGCAAAAUUUAACCGAUUUCUUCAAUGCAAAGAUGGAGGAAAUGAACCUCAGCACCAGUGGAACUGGGAGUCCCGUGUUGGCAGUACAAUGCAACUACGAAAAGAAUUAUGCGUUUGUCGAGUUCCGCAGCGCAGAAGACGCAACAGCUGCAAUGGCUUUCGAUGGAAUCAUUUUCAUCAACGGUCCUCUCAAAAUUCGUCGUCCCAAAGACUACGGCGGCGAAUUUGGCUCCGUUCAUGUUCCCGGUGUUGUGUCUACAAAUGUGCCAGACACGAUCAACAAAAUCUUCGUUGGCGGUUUACCGUCAUACCUUGACGAAGAGCAGGUGAUGGAAUUGCUCAAAAGUUUUGGAGAAAUCAAAGCCUUCAAUCUUGUGCGAGAGCCUGGAAAUGGCACUUCCAAGGGCUACGCGUUCUUUGAAUAUGUUGACCCGGCAGCCACCGACAUUGCUAUUCAGGCCCUCAACGGCAUGCAACUGGGCGAUCGAUUCCUUGUUAUUCAGCGAGCUUCUGUUGGCGCGAAGCCUGGUAUGCCUGGUAUCCCUCCUGAAGCGUUCCCCGAAAUUCCCCGUCCUAUCAUGCCUGCUGGCGAAACCUCGACUGGCGAUGCGCGAAUUCUCUUGUUGCUCAAUAUGGUCACACCUGAAGAUCUUGUUGAUGACGAGGAGUAUGGCGACAUUUACGAAGACGUCAAGCAGGAAUGCCAAAACUUUGGCCCAGUCGAGGAUGUCAGGAUUCCCCGACCGGCUAAGAAAGAGAAAAAAUGGGCGCCAGGCGAAGCACAAGUCAGCGCUCAAGACGCUCUUCGAGUGGAUGAGGCAGCAGGAGUUGGACGGGUCUACGUUAAAUACGACAAAGCAGACGAUGCAACUCGGGCAAUGAAGGGACUCGCUGGUCGCUCAUUUGCUGGCCGUUCCAUUAUUGCCACUGUGCUUAGUGAUGACAGCCAGACAACGCCUCCACUCCAUGUUAUCUUUGCGCCACAACCGGAUGCUCCUCCACCGUUACCUAUGUCCUAA